AAAAAGAACACAAAAACACCCAAAAAAAGAGUAAUUGAUAUUAACCGUCCGAUUCAUCCAUCUUUGCCAUCAACGUUCACCAAUCCCUACACACAGAUCGUCGCCUUCUCUUUUGCUGUUUCUCGCUCCUCUCUCUCUCUGAAUCUCGCCGGCUAGCCAUAGCCGUUCUCUUAGGUGUAACAGUAUCAAAUCAAGCUUUAGCAUCUCUGAAAUCGCUGAAUUAGCCGUCGGAUUAUCCUCUGUCUUCUUCCUUCUGCUUCUCGCGGUUUCAUCUGUAAAUGGGCUGCUUCCACUCAAAGGUAGCCAGAGAAUUUCGAGGACACGAAGACCCUGUAAAGCUUGCCUCCGAGACAGCCUUUAGUGUGAGUGAGGUUGAAGCAUUGUUUGAGCUGUUCAAGAGCAUAAGCAGUUCCGUUGUUGAUGAUGGUUUGAUAAAUAAGGAGGAGUUUCAACUUGCAUUGUUCAAGAGCCGGAAGAGGGAGAAUAUAUUUGCUAAUAGGAUAUUUGAUAUGUUUGAUGUUAAACGAAAAGGAGUCAUUGAUUUUGGGGACUUUGUCAGAUCACUCAAUGUUUUUCACCCCAAUGCUUCUCUAGAAGACAAAAUAGAUUUUACAUUUAGGCUUUACGACAUGGACUGUACGGGUUUCAUUGAACGCCAAGAGGUUAAGCAAAUGUUAAUCGCCCUUCUCUGUGAAUCUGAAAUGAAAUUGGCUGAUGAAACCAUAGAGAUAAUACUAGAUAAGACAUUUGAAGACGCAGACGUGAAUCAAGAUGGAAAGAUUGAUAAAAUAGAGUGGAGCGAUUUCGUGAACAAAAACCCAUCAUUGCUUAAGAUAAUGACCCUCCCAUAUCUCAGGGAUAUAACAACAACGUUUCCGAGCUUUGUCUUCAAUUCGGAGGUCGAUGAGAUUGCCACAUGAAGAAUCAAUCAAACUGGUUUGCGAAGAACUAUAGCAAAGACCAAUUCUGAGUUGAUCGGUGUAAUCGGCAUCUGUUUGCAAACACAGUAGAGCAAAUUUUAUUUUUUGAAAUUAUUAUUUUCUGGGUUCCUUUUUUUAUUCCUCAGAACAGUUUUGAAAUCCUUGGUUUAAGCUUUAAAAAAAAAAAUGAGCGUAAUCACCAAUCAUGUACUUCAUAUAUACUUAGGAAAUGUAAUGAGUUUUUAGUGUGUAAAUAUCACAUUUAUACGUUUGUUCAUUGAAAAUUUGAAAGUAAGAAGACU